UCCUUUUCUCUCUCUCCAACAUCUAUUCCAAAUCCAUUCUAUCCCCCAAGAAAGCGCUUCCUCUGUUUCAGGCUCCAGCCCUAGAUUCUCUCUUCCAGUUCUCCAGAAUCUCCCUUCACACUUGAUCUUCUAUACCAAACCUCGCUGCCAUGUUAUUCAGGCCAACAUUUCUGAUAGUGCAGGGGCUCACAUUCUGGAAUUUUACUAAGAAAUAAUUUCGAGAUUUUUUGUUUUUGACUUCACACACACAUAUAGAUACAUUUGUAUGAAUGUAUAUAUAGGUCCAACGUUGCUAUGGACUACUACAUUUGUGGAUGUUGACAAACAUUUUCUUUUUUUAGUUUGUUUUGAUCCAGGAUCAGGUUGCAAAGAAUGAAUCUUUUUUUUUUUUCUUAUUGUAUUUCAUAUUAGCUCAUUUUUAUGGGAGGUAUCACUGGAAAGAAGCAGGUAUCUUUAUAUUGUAUAGGUACUUAGUCAUGCUUUAGAAUUCUAUGUUUUUAAUAUGCCUCCGAAUGGUAGCACGAGGGAAGGAAAGCUCGGAGGAAAGGAAUGUUAGAGGGGAUGGGCAAACGCGGCAUCCGGAAUGGCAGUCCACGACGAUUGCAAACUGAAGUUCAUGGAGUUGAAAGCCAAGCGAACACAUCGCUUCAUAGUGUACAAAAUCGAGGAGAAGCAGAAGCAGGUCAUCGUGGAGAAGCUUGGCGAACCAACUGAAUCCUACGAGGAUUUCACCGGACACCUUCCUGCUGAUGAAUGCAGAUAUGCAGUUUACGAUUUUGAAUUCAUGACCGAGGAGAAUGUCCCCAAGAGCAGGAUCUUCUUCAUCGCAUGGUCCCCUGACACGGCAAGGGUGAGGAGCAAAAUGAUCUACGCGAGCUCCAAGGACAGGUUCAAGAGGGAAUUGGAUGGCAUUCAGAUCGAGCUGCAAGCGACCGAUCCGAGCGAGAUGGGUCUCGAUGUCUUCAAAAGCCGCGCUAAUUAAUCUAUUGUCUUCUUCAAAGGUGUUUAUCAUCAAAGCAUGGCAUGGUACCUAUCUAAGCAAUGGUAUACUUUUUUUUUUUUUUUAUCUAUUUCGCAAAAAAAAAAAGUGUUAUAUUUCCGUAUGUGCUAAAUGGCUUUAUUCUGUGCAAAUUAUUAUGUGAUUUUGGUCCUUUGGGGUGUGAAAUUUUACUAUGUUUUUAUGUAUUGCAUGGUUGGAUAUAUAUAUAGCCAUGGCUGGGUUGGUUUCUUCUAUACUUCA